AUGGAAGACGCAGGAACCAAGCGAUCGGCUUUGACCCUACGUGGUAAACUCGAAGGCCACAACGGAGCCAUCACCCAGCUAGCCACUUCUCCAUCCAACCCCAACACCUUGAUUUCCUCAUCUCGCGGUAAGAUUUUAUUUAUUUUGUUGGAUUUUAGGGAAAUAUGCGGAAAUGAAGAGGUAUAGGCAAUGCUAUUGUCGAAUUUUGACCUUUUUUGGAGUUUGUUUUUGACCUAAUUGAUAGAAAAGUUUCCUACGAUAUAGGACAACGUUUUGAAAGUGUUUUUAAGGCUAGUUUUGGGCAUUUUAAGCUGCUGCGAUAAAAUUAUGUUAACAUAGGUAUCUGUGAUCACAGAAUUUUAACUUUUUUGAUUUUUUUGUCAAGCCUUUAGGACCAAAAUCUUCUCAAGCCUUUUAAAGGCUCUUUAGUAUAUUUUAAAAUUAAUUUUAAGCCAUUUGGAUUUUAAUUUUAUUUAUUCAUAUUGUUUUAGACAAGUCUGUUCUUGUCUGGGAUCUCCAACAAUACGGUGACGAGAUUGUUGGUGGACGUCCAUUGAAGUCGCUUCUCGGACACGGUCACUUCGUCUCUGAUGUUGCUUUGUCUCACGAUGGUCACUUUGCUUUGACCGGUUCAUGGGAUCGUACUCUUCGUUUGUGGGAUUUGAACACGUAAGUUAUUCGUUUUUGUUGUUUUAGGGCUUUUGUUCUUUGUAAGAGGCUACUUAGAUAAUUUUGGGACGUAGUAACUCUUUAUUUAUUAGUUUUAUAUCCUGGGAAGGGUUUUCUUUAAAAUUAUUAUAGUUUUGAUUAUUUUAAGUUAGUGUAGUAAACCUAUUUGCUUUCAGCGGAAAGACCUCCCGUCAAUUCAUCGCUCACACCAAGGAUGUCCUCUCUGUGGCUUUCUCUGCCGAUAACCGUCAAAUCGUGUCCGGUGGACGUGACCGCACCAUCCGUUUGUGGAACACUUUGGCACAAUGCAAACUGACCCUCUCCGAGAAGGACGAAGGCCACAGCCACUGGGUAUCUUCGGUCAGAUUUGCCUCUACCUCUCCAAGCCCAUCGAUUGUGUCAGCUGGUUGGGAUAAGGUUGUUAAGGUAUGGAACCUUUCCAACUGCCGCUUGAAGACCAACCACAUUGGUCACACCGGCUUCAUCAACGCCACCACCGUCUCUCCCGACGGCUCGUUGUGCGCUUCCGGAGGCAAGGACGGUAUCGCCAACUUGUGGGACUUGACCGAAAACAAGCACUUGUACCAAUUGGACGCCCAAGAUGUUAUCAACGCCCUCACCUUCUCGCCUAACAGAUACUGGCUCUGCGCCGCUGUUGGCUCCACCAUUCGCAUCUUCGACCUGGAGCACCGAUCUACCCUCGACGAACUCAAGUUGGACGUGUCCGGCACCGCCGCCCCACAAUGCACAUCCCUCUCCUGGUCCCAAGAUGGUAACACACUCUUCGCCGGAUACUCUGACAACACCAUCAGAAUCUGGGGAGUCGCCGACUGGAUCAAGGCCGAAGGAAUUUAA